GGCUAGUUAACAUCUGCUGAUCAGACACGUUAUCGCUGCAUGUAAAACCUGUACGUGGUCCUGUCACCCAGGACUUCUCUUAUUUUGAAAUCCGGAUGUUGGAACUCCCUGCUCUGCGUCAGACACGUGCACCCCGACGCCGAGUUGCAAUUGGCUGAAAGUGAGCAUCUUCUGAUCUCCCGUCACGCGCUACGGUAUAGUCCCGUGGACAGGAAGCGAAGCUCGGUGCUGGUCGGUCCCGUCGGUAUCAUGGCUCUGGGGGACUGUUGGAAGCAAUUGUCCUGGUUCUACUACCAGUACCUGCUGGUCACGGCCUUGUACAUGCUGGAGCCCUGGGAGCGGACGGUGUUCAACUCCCUGCUCAUCUCUGUGGCCGGUAUGGCAGUUUACACCGGCUACGUCUUCAUGCCGCAGCACAUCAUGGCCAUCCUGCACUACUUCGAGGUCAUUCAAUGACACGCGGACUCCGUCCGUUACCUGCCUUCCCUCAUGCCUGCUAGCGUGUUUCUGCUCGGUGUGAUAUGGGAGAUUGUGUUUCCAGACCGGUUGGGAGGGAACUUCUCUUCUUUCCAAAGCUUUCAUUAUUUUCUUUUUUCAAAGGACCUAACACGUUGGACAAGGUUGUUUCCCGGUUCUGAAUGUUUGGGACUGUGAACAUUCUUUGGCUUUAAGAGGACCCGCGCUUGGCUUCACGUGUCCACUGCAUCCCAUCGUGUGACUGGACUGUAAACAUCAAACCACUGUCUCAGUUUGACAUAAAACUUUAUCUAUUCACUCCAUGUUAUGACUCAAAUCUAGUUGUUAAAGCAGAAUUUGGUACUUUAAAGGAGCCUUCACCAACAUUAACAUUUUCUCUGCAGCAGUGUUGAAAUCUAGUGUUUUCACACAGUAAAAUAAUAGAUGUCAGAGUUUACGUGUAAACUCCUUCAGCAGCUUACUGAACUCUUUUUUUUUUUUUUGCAAAAACAAAGCAAGUCAUCUUGAACAAACCAGUUUGAGGAUUAACCUUUAGACACAUUUGUUGGCAACACAUUAAGCACAGAGGCCUUGAAAGAAGCCCUCUGGCCUCUGUAGCGUUUAGUGAUGGACCAAGUUACAAUCAGCCGAUAAGGCAGAUUUUUAUCUGUUCAUUUUGUUUUUGUUUAAGCAAUGAGACAAUAUAGGCAGGAUGAAGCCGUGUUCCCCUUUUGUAAAUCACAUCCUAAAGUUGUUGUGGCUGAUGAAGGAGCUUCCUGUAGGCAGAGAACAGCUCCCUCACAUGUUCCAAGAUAAACUGCAGCUGUUCUGAUAAAAAAUUACUCUGUGAUGAAUUUUCCUGGCUUUUCUUCAGUGUUUUCCUUUUUACCAGGAAGCGGUAGAGAGUUUUACAGCUUUAUAUAAAACCUAAUUUGGAUUAAAUAAGCAGAGAAGAAACACUACUUCUGAAUCAACCAGAAGAAGGGGUUGAGGUUAUAAUGGGACAGUGUUUGGCUGUAUGUGGUGGAGAGAGUUUGCUUGGAUGAAUUCAAGCCUAACAGCUGUUUUGUUUUGUGUAUAUAGAGAACAGCUGCUGAAACACCCAUAUGAGAGUCUGUACCAUGGUGUUGGGACCUUUACUGCUCUGUAAUCUAUCACUACCCAAGCAUUGUGUUAUUUGCACAUUACUAUUUGGUUCUCACAGUCAUCAGCAGCUGCUCAGGUCUGCCAUCACUGAUUCUGUGCAGCAGUGAACUGUUAGAUGCUUCAUGUGCCUAAACUCUGGAGGUGCUGGUCCCCAAAUCCUCUGAAUGAGCCAGUGCAGGAAAUGUGUAACUGGUCAGGAAGAGGGUGAAAAUGAAACGUGUCUGAGUGUUGGUGAGCAGGAAUGUGAAGGUGAUGGCAGCCAGCUGGUCCACCUUUAAAUUCUAUCUGAAGGCUCACGUCAGGUUGGUUGUCAAAUGUCAAAGGUUCAGUCUGUGUUCGUACAGAUAUCCCUAGGAAAAUUGUGAUUUUUCUUCACUUGCACAAUAGUGUACUGUUUUGUGUAUAUACUCUUGUACACAUUUGUAAAGUUUUUUUAAAUCUGUGUUGAGCUUAUAUUAAUGAGUUGUUUUGUGACCUACUGAUGCUAAAUAAUGUUAUAUAAAUCAUUAAAGGGAUAUUUCACGGAA